AUGUCAACCUCCGUUACAGUUCAUCAUGAUAAAAUUCAAGUAUCAUGUAAUGUUGAUGUUGCUCAGCCUAUAGAGAAAGUUAUUAAGGCUUUAUGUAUUGAACAAUUUAAUAUACAAGAACCUGCUGUGCUCUUUGCUCUUAGGCUGUUGGAUACUGAGGAAUUGAUUACUGAUGAGAAUCUCCGACGAAAAGUGAAACCAAAUGAAAGAUUAAAAUUGGUUUCAUCGCCGUUAAUCGAAGCGGCUGAAAUUUGUGAAAAAUUGGGAUCAAAUGAUGAUAAAACCCUAAAGCUAACCACUUUCUCCCUUCAAAAGUAUGUCAAGGAAGUAGAAUUCGCUGAUGAGUUUUUAAAACGAAGUGGAUUAAACUCCCUUGUUGAGAUAAUAAAUAAUUCCAGUGGUAACACUCUCGCUUAUGCAUUGACAUCAAUGCAAAACCUUAUGGAGCAUGAUCAUGGGUGGGAAGAUCUGGGAUCUGAUUUUAUAAAUAAGGUGAUAAAGAUUUUAGUGGAAAAAACGUUGGUGAAUAUUUGUAGACCUGCCACAGCUAUAAUUAUUAAAUUAGCUAUAGCGGAUAAAAAUUCCAUAUCGAUAAAGUCAUACGGCUUUGAUGUAUUACAUGAUGCAAUGAUAAAGCAGCCGAAUUUCUUACCAACUUUGGUUCAACGUCUUGCAUCAGCGGAUUAUGUCUUAUGUUCGAAUAGCUUAUGUUUGAUAAAUGCUUUGAUGAGACACGUUACAGAUCAUCACUGGGAGUUUUUUAUGGAUAUGAUGGACAAGUUAAAUGUCAGAAAAGCUGUGGCAUUAUUAAUGAACGGAAUACAUGGGGAUGAAUUAUCGAAGCAAUUACUAGAAUUUCAGUCUCUCUUUGUACGACAAGCAUAUAGAUGGAAGAGAACACAGGUCUCAUUGCAUAUUCCAUCACAUAAAGCAAUGUUGGAAGAAUUAUGGACAAAAGCAAAUUUAUCCGAGGAAGGUGGUAAAUGGAAGAAAAUUGGAUUUACCACUGAAGCACCAAAAUGGGAAAUACAACGAGUUGGAUACCUAGGGCUUGAAAAUAUGCAUGGAUUUAUGAGAAAAGAUGUUGAAUAUUAUCAAAAGACAAUCUUGGAACAACAUAAUCGACCAAUAGAGCGACGAUGUCCGUUUUCAAAGACAUCAAUUGAGGUUACAGAGCUUUUAUGUGAUUAUUGGGAUGUUAGUACUGGAUAUACAACAUCAACCUCGUUCCAACCUUUAUUGCUGGCAUUUGAAAAGAUCCAUUACAUCACAGUUAAAGCAUAUUUUAGACUAUGGAAUGAUAUGGAAGCAACUGUUGAUGAUUUUCCUAAAGUGUCGGCUUUAGUAAGAAGUCAACUGAAAUUUGCAUUGAGAGACGAGUCAACUAAGCAAUUAUAUGAAUUUGAAAAGGAUAUGUUGGACGUGGAAUAUAAAAUUAUUAGAGAUAGACAAUUGAAGGAAUUAGAGUUAGGCGAUGAUUUAUUAAGUAAAACUCCAGUAAGGAAUUUACGUGGUAAAUUAUAUACAGAAUCAUAUGAAUUUGUAAAGAAUCAGCGUAUCAAGUGUUUAUUAUUAGGAGAUUGGUUUCAAGUUAUUACGUCAGCAAAUAUUCCAUCCAAUGCAACAGCAAAUCUCGGAAAAAGAACUUUAAUAAAUAAAAAGUGGAGGUUUUAUAGAUUAAGUCCAAAUAAAAAGUUUUUACAUUAUAGUGAUUUUUCAGAGAAAACAUUUGUUAGAGAUGGUAUUGAAGACCUUCUUGAAAGAAUUGACUUAACAUUAGUGACAGAUAUAAUGACAGGGCAUUCAACACAAGCAACGGUCACAGCAGGUUCACCACCUAGAUUAAAUAAAACCAUGUCAACAAACGUUAUAAGUUUGUCUUCACAAGAUUUAUCAUUUUCAUUAAUGUCAGGGCCAGAUACGAUAUUAGCGGAUUUUAUAGCAACGGAUCACUUACAAUAUUCAGAAUGGACGGAUGGUUUCAACAUGUUGUUUGAUAAAAAUAUUGGUAGUAAAGAUACAGCUGAAUUUAUACAUGUAUUAACAGAAAUUGGUGUUAAAGUUAAAUUAUUGGAUUUAAGUGGUGAAAAAGUUGAAAUCCCACAAAAUAUUGAAGUACCAAGUGAUUUACCAAUUAUUGGAACUGGUG